AAAUCAGUACCUGGAGCGACAGUUUUCUGAACAUGUUUUAGUAAUGUAGGGUUCAGAAAAUGAAAAUGUGAGUGAAGUGACUUUUUUGAUUGGAUUCAAACAGCCAUCGCUUUCUCUUUUAGAGCAUUUUGAAAGCAGCUUUCACAGUGCAACAGAAGCAAUCAAUAAAGCCUUCCAAAAGCUUUAUUGAUUGCUUUGAUGCGCUGUUAAUUCUCUUGAUCUAAUUUUUUUUUCUCAUCAACAAACAAGAAGUAAAAGCAAUUUAUUGUAUGCCUAAGUAUGUCUAUUUAAAGCAAUGCUCCCUGUCCUCCAUAAGAUGGCAACAGAUAUUAAGUUAAGCUGUGAGGAUGAAAAGACUAAAAACAACAAUGACAAUGUUUUUUUCGUUACCUUGCUAUGUUGACUUAUGAAUGUGCCAGUAUUCUAUGUUGUGACAGAUUAUUUUUAUUUUAAAAAAUCAUCCCAUUUCAACUAAACUAGUCCUACUGGAAGUUUUGGGAACCCUUUCAGCUUUGGUUCCAUAGAUUCAUCAACACUGACAACGUCACGAGUGACACUGUAGAAGCAAGAAAAUACAUAAAACUGUUCAUCCUUUGUAUGAGAGAAUAAAACCCAUAGAUGCUCAUUAGCAUAACUUUUGAAUGAGGUUGUCAUUAGAACGGAAAAAGGGCAUCUUUCUAUUUUUAUAUUUUAGCUCUCAUAGGACAGAUUAGUUAAUUAACUUCUGUCCCUCACCACUCAUUACAAUGGUAUGUUUUUGCAAACCUUUGGCAUGCGGCCACAAAGAAAUACCUGUAGUUCAUCAAAGGUCCAGAGAAGUGCCUAGGAGAUGAUCUGCCACAGAAGCCUAAUUAAUGGAGACGUUGUCAACCCUUCAAAUGAGCAAGGAACAUGAUUUUUGUUAUGUUUGUGGUUGGCCUGAAUGACGUCCAUUGGUGUGGACAUCACAGAACAAUAUAAAAGACACGUAUCCUUCCCCUGGUGAGAUCAGAUGUUCAGAUGACUCCCCUUCACACAAGCCAGAACAUGAUGUGGUUCCCCACCAACUUCCAGAAAGCUAAUGGAAAGGUCACACCGAACAAGAAAGCCUUGGUGCUGGUUUUGAUGUUGCUGCUGUCUCAACUGGCCUGCGAUGCUCACAGCAUGUCUGAGUGCUGCAGACAACCUUCUCGUUCAUGUCGCCUCUAUGUGUUGCUGUGUCGCGCUGGCGGCAACACAUUGGGGGGACCUCUCACAGGAGAUGCGGCUGCUGGCAUCCUCACUCUGGGAAAACGAAAAGAAGAUGAAGGUCGCUUGCAGAACCGACUUCACCAGCUUCUCCAUGGCUCCAGAAACCAAGCUGCAGGGAUCCUGACUAUGGGGAAGAGGACUGAAGAGAGGGCUGGUGAGCAGUAAAUGGACUGGAUGACUCAGUCAGGAACCACCAUCAUAACACCCCUGCCCGUUCUACGCUAAAUACCUCAUGGUAUAAGCAUACUGGGACACUGUUCAAAUCUGCAGAUAACAUGAUGAAAUUGUGUAAUAUUGUACAUAUAUGGAAAAGGCUAUCUGGUGUAAUAAAAAAUAUAAACCUGACAACAUGUCUUUAAUCAUUCCUGGGUGGGUUUUGUUUUGUUUUGUUUUUUGUGUUAGAACAAAUAUUUCUUAGAUUUUCUAUGAAGAAAUUGUUCAAAAUUCAUAAUCCAUAUGAUUUCAUAGGGACCUUUG